ACAAAUUGCAAUUUUUUUUGUCAUAAUGUUUUACGAGUCUUUCAAGUGGGUGCACUUGUACUAACUGAUCUGUAAGUCGGUGAAUAUAGACAAAUCAAGCACAUUGCAGUUUUUUUUUUUUGUUUUUUAAAAUCAAAAUAAUUGCAGUUUUCUUGGUGUGCGCCGAAACUACUUUGUGUUGUGUUGUUUUUCUCUGAUAUGAGAUUUUGUAUAAAACUACACUCAAGUUUACGCCCAAAUGUUGAAAUGUUAAUGGCUUUUCUUGAACUCCAAAACAUAUGGCACCGGCAAGUCAAGAAGACCCAAUUUAGCUUUACACAUCAAGAACAAGAUAAUCUUGUUAAAAAUUAAAAAAUAGAGUAUUUUUUCUAUUCAUUUGACUCGAAUGACUCAGUCUUAUUCAUCCGAAGACUUUUCUUCCAUACCUCAUUUUCAAAAGCACUUUUCAGUUUUCACACAGAUUAGAUAAUGUUAUUUUUUUCCUCUUUUUCUAGAGUAUAGUAUAGCGUAGUGCUUAUGGUUAAGGUUAUUUAACUCGUUUCGCUACCAAAAGUCAGUGUUACAGUUUAUGUAUUUUCAUUUUCAUUUCUUUAUUUUACGAAUUUUAGAAGUUUUGGAAUGUGAGAUUCAAUUUUUAUUAAUGGUUGGUAAGCAAGGUUGACUCCAUCAGCUGCCGUGUGACGACUUCUUUAUAGCCAAAGACUGCUUUUUUUUUUGUUCUCUCUUUCUUUCUCUUUCCAAUUUCUAUAGUUUUGAAGUCUUUUUUGGGCAGUGGCUUAUAUGGGCCUUUCCUUUACUUUCUCAUAUUUUGGUCUCAAUCAGAUUUAGCACGCCAAGUUUCCCAAACCAGAUCAUCAAAGGAGCUAUGAAGUGCUUCCCAUUCUCAGUCGGUGAGAAGAAAGAAGACCCCAAGAGCACAAAAUCGAUUUCGGGUCAGUCCUACAAUUUAACAUUCACUGAUGGUGAAAUGAAGAGAUCUGGCUCUGAAUUCAACUCCCAAAAUGCCUCUGAUGGAAGCAGCGAAUCCUCAAGGCGCCAAUCAUUUCCUAGUUUCUCCCAAAGGCCAAGCAAUCUCAGAGUGUUCACUGUGCCGGAGCUGAAAUCCGCCACAAAGAAUUUCAGCCGCUCCGUCAUGGUUGGAGAAGGUGGCUUUGGAUGUGUCUACAAGGGAUUGAUAAAGAGCACAGACGAUUCAUCCACAAAACUAGAAGUUGCUGUGAAACAACUCAGCAAAAGAGGGUUGCAGGGGCACAAGGAGUGGGUGACAGAAGUAAAUGUCCUUGGGGUUGUGGAGCAUCCCAAUCUUGUCAAAUUAGUUGGCUAUUGUGCCGAGGAUGAUGAAAGAGGAAUUCAACGUCUUCUGAUAUAUGAAUUCAUGCCUAAUGGAAGUGUGGAAGGACACUUAUCUGCUCGUUCAGAGACACCGCUUCCAUGGGCCAUGAGAUUGAAAAUAGCUCAGGACGCUGCUCGUGGCUUGGCACAUCUACAUGAAGAAAUGGACUUUCAGAUCAUCUUCCGGGAUUUUAAAUCUUCAAAUAUCCUUCUCGACGAGCAGUGGAAUGCCAAGCUAUCAGACUUUGGAAUGGCAAGGCUAGGGCCAACCGAAGGGUUGACUCAUGUCUCCACAGCGGUUGUUGGAACCAUGGGAUAUGCAGCACCCGAGUAUAUCCAGACCGGGCGUCUCACAUACAAGAGCGAUGUAUGGAGCUACGGUGUCUUUCUUUACGAACUCAUCACAGGUAGGCGGCCUAUAGAUAGAAACCGCCCAAAGGGUGAGCAGAAGCUGCUGGAAUGGGUGAAGCCUCACCUAUCAGACAUAAAAAAAUUCCAGCUCAUAAUAGACCCAAGGCUGCAAAAGAAAUGCUCACUCAAGUCAGUACAAAAGCUUGCACUUAUAGCCAACCGCUGUUUGGUCAGACUGCCAAAGAACCGGCCAAAAAUGAGUGAAGUGUUGGAAAUGGUCAAUAAAAUAGCUGAAACACCCUCGAGGCCAGGGAGUCCGCCACUUCAAUUGAAAAUGGCGUCGAUGGAAUCUGUUAGAGACGAUGAAACCAAGAACAAAAGGACAAUUUCUGAUGCGAAGGGUGGAGAAAAUGGCUGGUUUUCUCGCAUGUGGACGCCAAAGCUCCUGAGGACAUGUUGAUCAUAGCAGCCUAUGCAAAACUUGACCUUGUAGUGGAGCCGUGGAUUGCGAUUUGGCAUGAAGAAAACAUGACUCUGCUUGUAUAUCCCAAGAGAAAUUUUUCAUAAGAUGUGUAAAGCUUACUUGGUAAUAUAGGAAUAUAUAUAUAUAAUGUAUCGGGCAAUUUCUGAUUUGGCUAAGUGGCCAUUUGCAUUGUGCAAGGGAAGGCAAACCAAGAAGUUUCUUCUUCGAAAAGAAUCCUUAUGCUAGAGAAGGACUGGGGCUUGUUCUUUUGGAAGACUUGUGUGACACUCUGAUUAUACUACCAAGUCUGUGUAAAUUGCCUCAGACUUCUGCUUUUGUUGAAGUGUUAUAUAACAGCCAAGUUGCAAUUAGAGAGAAAUUAAAAGGUAAGUCUUUCAAAUAGCAUAAAGAUGCCAUUUUUAGCUCUUAACUUCUGUUAAAUCUCUUCAUUACUUUAAAUAUGUGUUAACAAGCACCUCCGCCAAAUAUGUCUGAAAAAUGUAAUAUUUGUAUGUCGUUAUAGAAUAUUGAUCUAUAUAGUUACACUAUUUAAUUGAUACCCAAAACAACACAACUAGAAACAAAUUUCAUC